GAAUUCACAAUCCUUUCGGCCACUUAUGGUCCGUGAAUAUAGACUCUGGCUGCUUGGAGACGCCUUGGCUGGUCGCCAAUAUAUGCUGAUAUCUCCCAGCGUGGUUGCAACGCCUAAAUCGGGCUUUACGUAUAGGCUUGUAACAAUUGUCGGGUAAGGACGAGAACGUAUAUAUAUUCAGGCUUGCCCUCUUUCCAGGAUGUGCACGGCAAGUAUUUUCGAUCCCACCCAAUCUCCACGGUUCGGCCGUGUUCCGUAUUCGAAUUUCAACGGCGCGGUCACUAACCGUACCGAACACGACUACAUAAACGUCACUAGAUGCUUCCUAUCGAGAGUCCACAACCUCAAUCGCUGCUGACGCGACUUCUUUCGUCUUCAGAGGAGUUAGACAUGACGAACGUUGGGCUUCGUUCUAAGGAGGAGGAGGGGGAUCGUGAGCACGUUGACUUCUUGUCGUAUCUCCGGGAGUCACAAGAAUCACUCAUCCUCUCAACGUCACCAUCCAGCCAGAGUUCAUCGCCUGAACGAUUGCAGAAAUUACCCGGGCCCUCAGGAGUAGGGUCCUCGUUGAACCACAAGCCGAGUCUGUCCAUCGAUAUCCGCGGCGUGAGAAUUAAUCCAGCACCAACGUCCUCGACGGAGAGCCCUCACAGGGAGCUCUUGACCUACCUUCGUGCUACGCCGCUUUCUCCAGUAUCUGAAGAAUCAAUCAUCGUCUCACCUCGCUCAAUCCCUUCCAGCCCGGUCUCCUAUACUGCACAAGCCAUCAUCCGCUCUCCUCUCAUGAGUCCGGCAACCCGUUCCUUCGCAUCACCCAUCCAGUCAAGUCACGGGUCCCAUGUCACUUCAUGCGAAGCAAGUUCGGUGGACUUGCCGUCUAGUCCGGAGUCGGCAUGGGGCCCGAUUUACUCGCCGAGUUUGGAGAAGCGGAGUUUCAAGGAUGGGUCGUUCUGUUUCCCGGAUUGGCUGAUGAAGGACGAGGAUAUGCAGAAGGAGCGACUGUACGGCGAGCUUGAAGGCUUAACAUCGGGAGGCUUUGACUCGAAUGGAAAUCCAUGAAAAACGUCAAGCGGUGUCGGAAGAAGUACUGUGUACGUAUGCCUAGCUAUCUAUGGAGAGGAUUUACGAGCUGGAGAUCAACGUGGCAGUAUGAAAUGGAGCUUUCGCGUCAAUACAAGGCAUAAUAUUUUUCCGAGCAGUGUCUGGUCUU